GCCCACAAGACUUCACACAACACAAGUACAGCUUCUUGUCUGUAAAUUUAUUCCUCCUUAUACCCCGAAAAGACCAAAAAGAAAAAAUAAUACUCAACUGAAAAAGGGGGGUAAAAUGGGGAGACCACCUUGCUGUGACAAAAUUGGAAUCAAGAAAGGUCCAUGGACUCCUGAGGAAGAUAUAAUCUUAGUCUCAUAUAUUCAGGAAAAUGGGCCUGGAAAUUGGAGAGCUGUGCCCACAAAUACAGGCUUGUUGAGGUGCAGCAAGAGUUGCAGGCUUAGAUGGACCAAUUACCUAAGGCCAGGGAUCAAGAGAGGCAAUUUCACCCCUCAUGAAGAGGGCAUGAUAAUCCAUCUCCAAGCUUUACUAGGCAACAAGUGGGCUGCAAUAGCCACGUACCUACCUCAACGUACAGACAACGAUAUCAAGAACUAUUGGAACACGCACCUCAAGAAGAAGCUCAAGAAACUCCACCAACAAUCGGGCAAUUUCGUCUCGUCGUCCAACAACGACGCGGGCCACGGCGGCCCAACAACAGACUACCAUCGGUUCAUGUCGAGGCCCAACAACGAAUUGGGACACGGCCCAUCUUCAGUCUACGCCUCGAGCGCGGACAACAUAUCGAGGCUUCUAGAAGGAUGGAUGACGAGGUCAUCUUCACCUCCCGAGUCGAAUAAAGUCGACAAAAAUAGUAGUGUUGUUGUUGCUAAUGCUAAGUAUCCAAACGAAAAUCGAGAUGGAUCAUUAUUAUUCUAUCGCGAUCCCGGGAAAGUUAUUCAGCACCAGGAAGAGAUUGAAAAUAUUAAUUUGUUCGACUGUCGUGAUGAUGAUCACAAUUUGGAGGGAAUUUUGAAUUUCGAUAACCGUGAAAAAUCGUCGUGCCACAUUAAUGGCUUGAUUGAUGAUCAAGAAAAGGCAAAAAACGAUGACGCGAAUAAUAAUAACAAUCCGCCGCUAUCGUUUAUUGAGAAGUGGUUGUUGGAUGAGAGUGCAGCUGGUCAAGUUGAAGGAGUCAUGGAGUUAUCAUCAAUCUUCUAAUGGAGUUUAAUUAAUUUGAUUGGAAAUGUUGCUAAAAUCAAAAGUUGAUUUUUUUUUAAAAAAAAAUAUUUUGAGUUAAUGUUAAGUGGAGAGCUUGAGCUAUGCUAGCUAGCUAGGGUUCCAAAGAAGUUGGAUCUUUUAGCUGUUGUUCUUCAUUUGUAUUUCCUUUUUUUCUUUAUCUUUAAUCAUCUUUUUAACAGUUGUAACUUGAUUAGAAAUCGUUACCUGAUUAUGUGAUUAUGCAUGAGGUACUUUGACCAUGC